AUGCAGUUAAUAUUAAACUGUACAUCUCAGUACAUGGAUAUGGCAUUAAAGAUCCAAUACCAGGCGGUUGCAAUAUGGAAUAUUCAACCGCCCAUCUCACCGUAUAUGCAAAAUUCAUAUACCAACGACUAUGUCCUUAUUGAAGCCGCUUCAGCAAGGGACUCAGCAGACCCCACGUGCACCUCCAUAAACAAUGUUGCUGUAGUCUUUUACCUUAUGUACUUACCAGAGAGAAGUUUUGAUGCCGAUACAUACUUCGAAGGGAUUAGGAAUAUGAUAACUUUGGGGAAUAUAACGGAGAAUGGACAAAUAAUACCGCAGACCUCUUGGCGGAUGCGUCGCAUGCUCAGCGCUUAUCCCGGCACGGGAUCCAUAUACGUGGCCGUCGCUUACAACGGCCUAAACAGAAGCUCCUACUCGGUCUACGUGCCGACCUACACCUACGCCUGCUCCCCGAUGGAUGUGGGUGGUUGCGAAUUACUCGGUGACGCGCUCUCUAAGUUGCUUUGCGCAUCGCUUCUGUUCUUCGGGCUGUUCGUGUGCUACUUCGGGCACCGGUUCUUCAAGACCGAGAUGUUCCUGGUCGGUCUGACCACCGGCGUAAUCAUCACCUACAUUCUGAUAUCGCUGAUAGCCGAACUGGAGAGGCCUGCCCUGUUAGGCGCCGCGAUACUGUCGGGAAUGUGCUUUGGAGCAAUCUGGCUCCUGUUCUGGUGGUUUUACGGAAUCCCCGUAUUCGCUGUGCUGCUGUCGACUCUGAAUCUUGGGUUCCUGUUCGCCGCCUUAAUCUAUUUCGGACUUCCAGGUGGUCUCACAACGCUCCAAAUCGACUUCAAUUUCUGGACCCUCUUCGUGCUUGUUAUGUCGCUGACAUCCCUAGUACUGCUCUCUAUGACGUUCCUGUCUAACAUCCUUUGCUGCGCGAUAUUGGGCGCGUACGCGACUGUCUACCCUAUCGACUACUACUUAGGAUCCAAUUUGAAGUACAUCGUCAUCAACACGAUCCGUAGGGCUGUCGUGCCAAAAUUCAACAGCGCCGUGCUAUCGCCGCCCUUCGAGUUGGCAGACACGCUGCUGACCCUACUGUGGCUGGCGCUGACCCUCACAGGGUUCCUGUUCCAGCACUACCAGAAUCGAGGCCGUCCACCGUUCCCACCGCCACCGAGGAGCGUCAGACCCAGCGGCCCCACAUACGGAACCAGUGGACAGGGAUACGGCGCCCUUGUCCAGAGAGGACCAGCGCCCACGCGUGGGACAUACAACGAAAGCACGCCAUUGUUGUUU